AUGACCUCUACUUUGGCAGACGACCAAGGAUGGUCGUCUGGAAGUCUUGUGUCUUCAAAUCCGGAGCUUGAAGAUGGCUCUUACUCGCUCUUAUCGGCUUGUUCGUGGGCAGUUCUUAUACCCUUAGUGCAUUAUUAUCAUCGUCAUGUCCGCAAUCCCGCGGUGCCGCACAUCCGCCGCAAUGCAUGGGUCUGGCUGAAAUUGGUUCUGGCCGCCUCGUUACUCUGCUUGGAAGUUUCGAGUCUUGUGCUUCGUUGCUCGUUUUCUCAGCACAGACACCACAUAACGGCCCUUACUGUCGCAUCGGACAUUGCGUCUGCUGCCGGCAUCGCGACAGCGGUCCAUCUAGAGCAUCGUCGCGGCGUUCCAGCAUCGGCAUUCCUGAGCUUGGACAUUGCCAUUGGCCUUUUCAAGGACGUCGGCAAGGCGCAACUAUACUUCUUCCGGGGUCAGAGUGCGCUCAGCCAGCUGGCAGCCGCUUCAGCUUCGCUCCGCCUUGCCCUACUCUGCAUCCAGGAAUUUGUAGAGCCCGAGUUGAUCAUUGGCUCUUGGUCUCAGUCUUACAGCCACAGAACACUGGGCAGCUUUUGUGGCAGGGCUCUCUCCCCCAUCAGCCAGACCCUGCAGGCUUGGUUCUGUACGGUUCUAUCUAUUGACCGAUCUGGCAGCCUUGGUCCUGAAUUCGCACCCGCUUCGUCAUUUGCUGCGCUUUGGCAACGCUCCAAGAGUAGCCGACAGAAAGGGGGAAGCUCGCUUCUCAUCGACUGUCUCAUGACUUGGAAGACGGCUGUGCUCGCCGCGGCUAUUCCGCGCUUUGGCGUCACCGCAUUCAUCUUUACACAGCCGUGGCUCAUCCGCUGCAUGAUACUUUCCCACCGUCAAGAAGCCAGCGAGCCACUCAGCCUGCGUCUAGUGGGAGCCAUAUUCUUCGUCUAUAAUGGUGCAGCGUUUUGCAGGGCAGCUGCGGCGCAUCUUAAGUCUCGACUGGUUAUGAAAAUCCGAGCCGCUUUGAUCUCUCAAAUCUUGGCCAAGUCACAAAAGCUCAGAUUAUUAGAGGCCAAGAAGCAUACAGCUGUUGCACUUAUCAGCAGUGAGAUUGACAACGUAUCUGAUGGAUUCGCGAACUUCGUCGAUACUCCAGUUUUUGUUGUUGACACGUGCCUGGGCAUGUAUCUCCUGGUGGGCGUCGUGCGACAGGCCGCGUUUAUCAUAUUUCUCCCCCUCAUUUUGGCGUCAAUACUAGGGUACGUGUAUGGCAUUUACCUCACGCCUGCCUUACGUAAAUGGAAUCAAAACAUCGAGUCGCGAGUGGCGAGAACAGCACGCAUGCUGGCCCAACUCCCCACAAUCAAGAUGCUCGGUCUCGCGCCUAAAGCUGGGGACUUCCUUCGACAUCUUUGGAUCACCGAGAUAGAAUCAUCAUGGGACUAUUGGAAAAUUUGUGCGGCUUUCAUCUCUAGUGCUGGAUUUGUGGACAUGAUCACACCCGCUAUUGUUAUUGCUGGCGCGCUCUUCUGGCGCAUUUUCAGCCCCGGGAUCACCGCGGAGCUCGUCUUCCCAGCUUUAGGCCUCAUCUCGCGGGUUCAGGAUCCACUCUCCGGGCUUUUAAAAUCAGGGCCGUCAACUGUGGCCUUGCUUAGCAGCUUCCGAAGAAUACAGGAAUACCUGUCCCUGGAAGAAGCACACGACCCGAGAGUACUCUUGAGCCCGCGGCCGCGAGAUGUCACUCGAUAUUGGCCGACGGAGGAAGGCACUCAAGCUCUAUCGACGAGAUCUGUUCAGCAGGAUCUGACCCGCGUCAUAUAUUUUGAUAACGUGAACAUCGCCCCGGUCGGCAUGGACACGCCAUUGCUGAGCAAUGUAAACGUGGCCAUCGCUCCUAGUUCGGUCACCACGAUAUUUGGGCCUACCGGCUUAGGAAAGACUACACUCCUCAAUGGCAUCAUAGGUGAAGCUGAAAUAUCGGGCGGAGUCCUAUAUGUGGAUGACGUGUCCAUUGCUGUUUGCGGCCAACUACUAUGGCUGCCAGACAUGACAGUUCUACAGUUCAUAAUUGGCGCGUCGGCAUAUGAUGCACCUUGGUUUCGCACGGUCGUGACUGUCUGUAUGCUGGACGAAGAUAUUGACCAAUUCAGAGAUGGCGAACAGCAUCGAAUUGGUAGCGGGGGUAUGAAGCUAAGCGGAGGUCAGCGUCAGCGACUGUGCUUAGCAAGAGCCAUAUACGUCAAGGCAUCUAUAAUCCUGCUCGAUGAUGUUCUGAGCGCGGUAGACAGAUUGACUGCUCUCGCGAUCCUGUUUGGCCUCUGUGGAAAGGAGAAUGGACUGCUUCGGCGUUUGAACAGCACCGUCGUGCUGACUGGCUACCUGCCCGAAUGCUUUGAUGUUGCGGAUAGCGUUUUGCUCAUUGACGCGUAUGGCAAAAUCGAACACCGGUCCGGCACUGACCUGGACGAUCCCCAGCUUGCAUGCGUCAUACGUCUGCUGUACCACGACGGCGCUGGUGACGACGGGUCCGAAUCUGAAUCCGAGCCCGAGGCGCCGCGGGAGCGCAACUGUCGGACAAUAUCACCGGAGCUGGCACCGGAGCUUGACGAGGAGCAACCGCAAGGUGCAGUGCAGCGUCUCACGACUAGACAAAGACCGAAGCCGCGGUUGUACAAGCUCUGCAUUGACGUGAUUGGGCGCCGCAGGCUUCAGGACUGGUUUCUGCUUAUGUUGAUUAUGUCUCUUGCGGAAGGUUUUCCUGCAAUCUACAUGCGGUGGUGGGUCGAUACAUCGCCGACCGAAAAAAUGCACAUCUUCGGCUACGCCUUUCUCUCAGCCACCGCCGGCUUGCUUGGCGGCCCAUGCUUGGUUAUCAUGGGGCUGAAGCUGUCACCGCGUGCCUCCAUCGGCUUACAUGACACACUCACCGACGCUGUCGUACACUCGACUCUCGGCUUUUUAAGCGCAAACAGUUCCGGCUCCGUAUUGAAUCGAUACAGCGUGGAUAUGGGCCUGAUUACGAGGCAGGUGUCCAAAGGUGUAUACAACAAUAUAUACCUGAUCAUUACAACGCUAUUCCAUAUCGCAAUCGUGCUGUUUGGCGCGGAUUACAUGGCGGCACUGCUUCCUCUCUUCGUUGUGCUCAUCUUUGCAAUACAGCGCAAGUAUAUAGACGCCUCGCGAGAGUUGCAUGUGCGGGAAAUUGAAUACCGCGAACAACUUGUCACGCUGUUUCGGGAAACUGGUGAUGGCAUUGAUUACAUUCGAGGGUUUGGCUGGCAGGAUUUCAUAAUGCAACACAACUUUGACCUGGUCGAUAAGUCGCAGACGCCGUUUUAUCUUUUGCUCUGCACGCAACAGCUGCUGGCGCUUUCCCUUGACCUUGUGUCGUCCAACUUAGCUGCAGCUCUCUCUGCCAUUACCUUGUGCAUCUCUGGUUCUGCUACUGAAAGCUCCUCUGGGCUUGCUUUCCAGAUCCUCAUGAUUUUAAGCACAAGCCUGAAUAGGACACUGACCGCAUGGACGUCGUUGGAGACGGCUCUUGGGUCUGUCGAGCACGUGAGCGACUUCUUAGAAAGCACACCAGUAGAGUCUGACAACGGCACAACGCCAUUGCCUGAGAACUGGCCUGCUCAUGGCCGUGUGGAGAUGACGAAUGUAUCCGCCGGCUAUUUGUGCGAUAGACGGGAGGAGCAGAACGCCGCCGUUAUUCACAACAUAACGCUCUCCGUCGAACCUGGGCAGAAAGUAGGCAUCAUGGGCCGCACAGGCGGCGGCAAAUCAUCGCUACUGAUGAGCCUGCUCGGCUUGCUAGAGUAUGAAGGCAACAUCGUCAUCGAUGGUGUUGAUAUUCGCCAAGCGCCACGUGAUCAACUUCGGUCGCGAAUCAUCACCAUCACUCAAGACUCGGUCGAGUUUGAAGGCACAAUCAGGGACAACUUACUUCCGUUCGAGAAAGACUGGGCUGGGGUGGUGCCCAAGACAGCGGACGCGACUGAAGCGGAGAAGCGGAGAAGGGAGUUCAUUCUCCGCGAAACGCUGGUGCACCUGCGUCUUUGGCCCAUGCUGGAGGACAAGAAAGAGCUCGAAACUCUCGUCAGCGACGCCGGCUUCUCGUACGGAGAAAGGCAGCUGCUCUGCAUUGCGCGAGCUGCCGUCCACCGCCGCGUGUACGGUGGCAAGCUGGUUUUAGUGGAUGAAGCCACAGGUGGCGUGGACGCCUGGCGCGACCAGAUUGUGCGCGAGAUGAUCCGAGACUACUUUCGCGGGUGCACAGUCUUAAUUGUUGCGCAUCGCUCAGAGACCGUUGCGGAUUCCAACAUUAGCUUCAAGAUGGUUCGCGGGCGGGUCAAGUCUUAUAAACACUGGUUUUAG